GCCCUGUCCCCCCUCCGCUCCGCAGCGCUGUCCAAGCAACCGCCUGAGUCUUUUAUAGCACGGGAGCCUAGAGCCCAAGGGCAACCUGAUGGCAGAGCAGCUGGCAUUGAUCGUAGGAGGCCUCACUGGGGGGCUGCUGCUGCUGAUCGGGGUGAGCUGCUGUCUGUGGAGGAGGCUUUGCGCCACCUUCACCUACGAGGAACUGCCAGAGACGCCAGACCCGGCCACCAUCUCUUCCUUCAGUAGAAAAGAGGACAGGCUCUGCCUGUGUGCCAGGACCCCACUUGGCAGGCUACCAAGUGUACCAUCUGUGGUACCCCCUUCUCACCAAGGUCGAGACUGGGUGACCCUGUAUGGUGGUGAUUGGCCUGUGGCCCCACAGGACCCCUGCCCUGUCCCAGAGCACAUGACCUGCACCCCCAGGGCCAACCCUGGAGAUGCUUGUGUGAUGGGGAGCAUCAACCCGGAGCUGUACAAGUCCCCAGAGGACGCGCGUGAGAUGGGCUUCCCCGACGGCUGCCUAGGCCGUCUGUGGUUCUCGGUGGAGUACCAGCAGGAGUCUGAGCGGCUGCUGGUGGGCCUGAGCAAGGCGCAGCGACUGCAAGUCCUCGAGACCUGUGGCACCUUGGUGAAGGUCCACCUGCUGCCUGACAAGCGGUGCUUCCUCCAGACCAAGACCAAACGCAAAACUUGCAACCCACACUUUGAUGAGAACUUCAUCUUCCAGGUAUCCAGCAAAAGUGUCAGCCAGAGAGUGCUGAAAUUCUCCGUGUACCAUGUAAACAAGCAGAGGAAGCACCAGCUCCUGGGACAGGUGCUAUUCCCAUUGAAGAAGGAGACCCUGGCAGGGGACCGCCACCGUAUCAUCUGGAGAGACCUGGAAGCUGAGAACCUGGAGGCCCCCUCGGAGUUUGGUGAUCUCCAGUUCUGCCUCAGCUACAAUGACUACCUGAGCCGCCUGACGGUGGUUGUGCUCUGGGCCAAGGGUCUCCAGCUCCAGGAGGACAGGGGUGUUGUCAGCGUGUUUGUCAAGGUGUCUCUGAUGAAUCACAACAAAUUGGUCAAGUGCAAGAGGACUUCGACUGCACUGGGAUCCGUCAACCCUGUGUUCAACGAAACCUUCAGCUUCAAGGCUGACACCAAUGAGCUGGACACCGCCAGCCUUAGCCUGGUGGUGCUGCAGAUGACAGAAGGGGACAAGAGCUAUCCCCUGGGCCGCGUGGUAGUGGGCCCCUACAUGUACACCCGCGGCAAAGAGCUUGAACACUGGUGCGAGAUGCUGCACAAGCCAAAGGAGCUGGUGAAGCGCUGGCACGCACUCUGCCGCCCCAUGGAGCCUUGAGCCAUCGGGUCCCCAUCAGUACGUGCCGCACCACACCGUGGACAUCUCAUCUAACACCCAGCGUACUGUGGGGCUAGCCUGAGCCAGUGGCUCGUGAGUGUUCACGUGCAGGAAGGAAAGGGGACACAGCCCAGCUUCGGCCAGUAUCUGCAGCCAGGAGCAUCUCCUAACCCACCGAAACCCCUCCGGAUCUUCGGGGCUCCUGACCAUCAAGAUCAGGAUCCUGACCUCGAACAGGAUCUCAUGGGUUGAGAACUGAUACUCUAUGUGGUGGAGCACAGCUGCGUGUGAAUGGGAGCACAGCACCAGCUGAGUCGCACCACCUUGGGAAGCUGGUGGUGGGUUGAGUCCACAACUGCAUUGGUUGUCAAGGUGGCCGUUCUCUGUCUUCCACACAGCACAGGGAACUGUGGGUCACAACGGGGAGAGAGCUGUUGAGCAGCCCACCCACGUACCAGGAGGCCACUGAGGUGGUCAACACAGCUUGCUGUAUAGCCCCUCCCUGGAGCCAUCUAGCACACGGCAGCCAAAGUUAGAUAACAUCUUCACCACAGCCAUCCUCCCCAGGAUGCCAAACCUCACACCCCAUGUCAGGUGACCUCUUGUUGGGUUUCAUGGUCACCUGAUUUUCAGAAUUGAGGCAUUCAACUCCUAACUCUCGCUUCCAUGGGACCAUGGCAUUGUCCACAAGACUGAUGACCAUGGCAAGAGGUAUAAACUUGAUUAGGUCAGUGGUCCCCAGAAUCAAAGUCACUGUCACCAGAGGCCCAUUAGUUGAUCUAAUGAGCAGCCACUGUGCCUGUUAUUUCUGUGUGUGUCUGUACCCUCAGCUACAGACACACAGAAGAGUCCAUGCACUGCACCUCAAGCAGAACUGCCCACCUGUGUCUCUCUUGUCUCUGCAGUGAAGUAACUUCAGUUAAAGUAGAGAGAGCGUUAUCUGUGCCUCUUUAGGUCCACUUCUGAUGUCUACCAAUGCGCAAACUCCAGCUAUGCCCGACUGGUCCAAAAGGACACACCAUCUUGUUUGUUUCUCCCUCUCUCAUUUCACUUACACACUUUCAGGGUGACCCACACUGCAGUGGAAUGUCCCACUGUACAUGCAUGC